AGUGAAUGGCAGAGUUCUUCAAUACUCAGCCUUGUCUUAUGGAUUGUCUAGACAAUUUACACUACUUCAACUCAGCAUCGUGUUUUAGAACCUGGAAUGCGUUUUCUAAAUUCACUCAGAGCUGCAGAACACGAAGCCCAUCUCUAGGUCUGAACAAACGCGUUCGCCACUAUCACUACCUACAACAACACAAAUGUUUACAUCUGUCGUUGCAAGUGUCUUCAUCUAACCCUCACCUUGAACCACAAAGACUAUCGUUUCAUAUGAGCCUCCAACUACCAAGAUGUCAUCCACUCUCAGAAGAUCUACUCGUCAAUUCCACUCAAGAUUCGAUCCGGUCUGGGAUUGCCCACAGUACGCACCGAAUCAAGCCCCUCGCUACGAAGCCUCCACAAGAGAUCAAAGAGAAGCAGAAGACAUGGCUAGAGACAUACUCGGUGAAGGUCUCUUCGAAGCUCCGACCGUGAAGAUUAUCCUCAAAUUGCAAGGUGCUAGGACGGCUCCAUUCGAGUGGCAAGCCAUCAGACGCGCGCUGGAAAUUGAUGAGGGUGCUUUCACGGAUAUCGCGAGGUUAUGUUUCUUGUUGCCACAGCCUCAGUCGGAACAAAGCUCAAGAGAAAACAAGGAGGAUGAGAUUGAAACAGGGGCUACGGGACAUCUAAAGGACUCACUUGUUCAAGAACGUGGAGAGUCAAGAAGGCAUGACUGGGGGAGGCAGACUAAAAGGAAGUACAACUGGGAGACGUAAGACUGCUCGGUGCAUGAAUCAAGUGUUUGAUAGGGUGCUGGCCUCUGGGAUCGAUUGUGAGUUAUGAUCAGAUUACUACUCCAUCAAGGAGCUGAGGAUUUUUCGAAGUUU